AAAUCACUCUCUCUCUCUCUCUCUCUCUCUCUUCAAAAGCUCCGCCGGUGCUCCCUCUGCGCCUCUCUCUCUCUCUCUCUCUCUCUCUCUCCCUGCUAAGUGUUUGGUUUCUUAAGAGCUCGUGGAAGCUCGACCCGACCGGCGAGAUGGAAUCGUCGCCGAAUCACCAAGAGGGCUCAAGCCCGCCUUCGCUCCUCCCGUCGCCGACCAGCCACAGCGUCACCACCAGCAGCAGCAGCUCCAACGCCAACAGCCCAAGAACCGCCGCUAACCCUGGUGGACUAGCCCCCCACCAACACCACCCCCCGCCUCAGCCCUCUCCCAAACCCCUGACCCGAUCCGAACCCGCCAACCCCUACCCGACCACCUUCGUCCAGGCCGACACCUCCUCCUUCAAGCAGGUCGUUCAGAUGCUCACCGGAUCCCCCACCACCACCGCCCCCAAGCCCGACCCCACGCCGCCCUCAGCCUCCAAGAUCCACAACAUCCCCCCUAUAAAGUCAACACCCAAGAAAUCGGGUUCCGGAUCCGGGUUCAAGCUCUACGAGCGCCGGAACUCCCUUAAGAACUUCAAGAUCAACCCUCUCGUCCCCUUCUCGGCCCAGGCUGGCCCCGGGUUCUCGCCUCGGAAGCCGGAGAUCCUCUCCCCGAGCAUCCUCGAUUUCCCGUCCCUCGUCCUCAGCCCGGUGACCCCGCUGAUCCACGACCCGUUCACCCGGUCGUCCGCCUCGGCCGCCGCCGCUGCCGCCGCGGCAAAUUACACCCCGGACGAGAGAGUCGAGAGCCCCGGCUUGGAUCCCGAGGUGGAGGAGCGGGCGAUUCGGGAGAAGGGUUUCUUCUUGCACCCUUCGCCGGCCACGACGCCGCGCGAGGCGGAGCCGCGGCUGCUGCCGCUGUUCCCGGUCUCCUCGCCGAGGGUUUCAGGUUCUUCUUCUAAUUGAACAAGCUCGCGUGAAGUGAAAUAAUCGUGGGAAAAA